AUGUGCAGAAGCACUUGCAGGGCUACUGAGGUUAUUGGCCUCCAAUUUGAGUUAAUGCAGCCGUCCCCAAACGACGGCGAGACGGAGCAGGAAUGUAGCGUUGAACUGCAGACUCGACUGUCAAUGGCCAGGGAAAGAGUGAAUACGCUGGUCAGAGCAGAUGCUGAGCGAUGCAGAGAGGUCAAUGAGCUCCAGGGCCGCGUAAUGAGUCUUGAGCGCGAGCUAUGCUCUCACAGGGAGAAGGCAACUGAGGCUGAAGCAAAGGCGUCUGAGUUCCGCGCUCGCCUUGUUAGAGCUCAUGUACUUAGAGAACGCUUGAGCACCGAAUUGCAGCAGUUGAAACAGGAGCUUCUUCUUCACGACACGAAGAAAAAGUAG